AUGGUAGCUUGGACCACGGUGGAGUUUCAUGGGUUGGUCAAUGGUAGCAGCUGGUUCAAGAACAAGAGAACCUCUUUGUCUGACUUCAUCAUCACUAACCGGGGUCUCUCCAGGAUUGUUCUGCUGUGGAUUCUCUUUUUUUUUUUUUUCGUGCAGACUAGUGAUAUUUUCUGGACAUUUACAAACCAUCUGAGCAUUUGGCUUGCCACCUGUCUCAGUGUCUUCUAAUGCCUGAAAGUCGCCAGUUUCUCCCAUCCUACGUUCCUCUGGCUCAAGUGGAGAGUUUCCAGGUUGGUUGUAUGGAUGCUGUUGGUACCCUGCUCUUAUCAUGUAGCAUCUGUUCUCAGUGGAAUUGAUGGAACAGGGAAUGUGACUGAACCCUUUAGAAAGAAAAGAAAUGAAUAUAAGCUGAUCCAUUUUCUUGGGACUCUGUGGGACCUCCCUCCCUUAAUUGUAUCUCUAGCUUCCUACUUUCUGCUCAUCCUCUCCCUGGGGAGGCAUAUGCGGCAGAUGCAGCAAAACUUUACCGGCUCCAGAUAUCCAAGUACUGAGGCCCAAAAGAGGGCCAUCAAAAUCAUCCUUUCCUUCCUCUUUCUCUUCCUACUUAGAAAUUUGGAGGUGACACAUGGAAAAGCUCAGACUUUGUUAUGCAACUUCAUCAAUAUGUGGACUUCCCUUAAUCCAGGGAGUCUGCAGUUUAGCCAGGAGCCGUACGCAUUCAUCGACACUGAAGCAGAGCACCUCCUGAGACGGCAGUGA